UUAAGGAGGGCGUUGUAAGUUGUAACCUAACCUCACUCGAUUUCGGCUCUCCUCCAAAACCAAACCCUAAUAAUUAAGUUCCCAUUUUUUUUUUUUUGGCCUUCUUCUCGCCUUUCAAGAAAGUCAAGCCCUUUAAUUUUACUCGUUGCACUUGUGCCAAAAUCUGGUGUCCCUUACAUGCUUUCAUUCUUUUGGGGAAAAUAGGUGAUGGGUUCGGGAAAUCACGAAGUUGUGGAGGUUAGUUCAGACGAGGAGGCCGACAACUUGGAUUGGCUUAACGAUUUGUCAUCGGACAGCACCGAUGUAGUCGAGGUGCUUUCUGAGAUGAAAGGCAGCAGCGUUGAUUCUCAGUUUCGGAAGAAGCCGCCCAAUUCUUCGGUUCAGGCUUUGGAGGAUGAUGACGAUUGUGUGAUUCUGGAUGGUGAUCCCGACAAAAAGACAACCAAGACUUCCGCAAUUGAUGAUGAUGAUGGUUAUAAAUUAUCCAAGGAUGACGAUGAUGAUGAUGAUGAGGUGCUUGUAGUGGGGCAAAAGGGUGAGAUAGCGUGUAGAGAUUUCCCUCAUCCUAGACAUUCGUGUGCUAAAUACUCGUUCGACUCAACAUCACAUGAGAAAUACUGCGACAUGUGUCACUGUUAUGUGUGUGACAUUCCUGCUCCUUGUUCGUACUGGUGUAUUGAUGCUGGAAGUAUAGAUCACUGUCAUGCUAACGACAAAGAGAAGAUAUGGAGGAACCAACGAGAGUACUUUAGGACAGGAAUCAUGCCCACCCAACCAUCUGCAAAACCCCCACAAGCUUCUGCGACCCGCCAGAUUUCACCAUCUCCUCCAAUUCCAAAUAUCAUCAGGUUAUCCCAAAACACUUUGCCAGGGAAAAUGGGUGAGAUCCGGCCUUGCUCAUCAUCGUCAUCCACCCGUGUCACUGCUAAUCUUUCAGACCUCAGAGCCAGGCAUAGAAUGUGGCAAUCAGCUAGUGGGUUGCAUUCAUUGACCAGUACUCGCAACAACGUCAUCCGAAAGGGUAAUAACUUGAGGUCCCGAGUGGCCUCUUCAGGAACUCGGAAUAGUGCAGCAAAUGGCAACAACAUCAAAGUGGGUCUGGGUCUACAUGCCAAUGCUAAUGUUUCACAUAUCUCUUCCGUGGUGCCACCACCAACAGUAACCGCAGAAAUGUACGCUCAACAACAACUCAGAUCUCACCUUAAUGUCCCUGGUUAUCGUGCAGCAGUGACCGGGUCUCAGAGCAAUGUUUACACUCAACGUUCAGGCAAGAGCAAAAGUGUCGGUGGAAGGCGUCAGUUUCAGGUGAAUGCAGGUCUGUUUACACUACCUGAAACUCCUCUGACCCCUGGGGUAUCGCAAGCACAGACAGUUCAACCGCAACCACCGGGAAGUAAUGAAAACGUCUUGCAGACCAAAUUGUCUGAAGUUGAGAGCUGGCUUAUGGACAGCUCUAACCAAGCCGGCUUGGUUAGCCCGUUUCCUGAACCUAUAGGUGAAGACAAUACGAGUCCGUUGACAUUCGAUUUUGAAACCUUCUUGAAUGAUUGAAACAGUUUGUUAAGAAACCAGCUCUCCUGACUAGAUUGUAUGAAUUGUAGAGUGAGCUUAGAUACUUGAAUCAUAAUGGUGUAUAUAAAUUUAUUAGUUCUUACUAUUUUAAAUGUGUCGCA